UAAAUUCCUCCCCACAUGACUUGCCAUCCACAAUAGCAUCCCUCGUUGUUCAAGCUUGUUUGAACAUCAUACUACCAAAUUGGUUGUCUUUCUUUCUUUCUCCAACGUCUAUCACACUGAUUGUUUUCUGAUCUUCUUAACCACAUACGGUUUUAGCGUUUGGACCGGCCUCCUCGCAAGCUACAAACCUAUGCCAUGAAAGUGUGUGUGCGCGGGAGCUUCUUUUUUUACAAGAUUCCAUGGCUGUUCCUGUUCUAUCUUCCAUUCAUUGUUGGAAUCGGUGAUCUCGGAAACUUUAGGUAUAUGGAUUCGGCUGAUUCAGGUGGUUCAGACACCACCGACCCCAGGCGUGUUGUAUCGGAUGACCUGGAGUCCUCAGAGCAUGAGGUUUAUACGUCAGACUUCACCAGCACAGAUGAGGAUGACUUUCAGCCAUUCGCCUUACCCGAUGGCGUUGAUGAGCUCCCAGUUGGUCCUAUUGCCGGGGAUCUACCUCUGGCAUUGAUCCCUGCUCCUAUGCCCUUAGCUGCUUUUCCUGCGUACGAUUUGCCUAUCGACGACGAGGAGGAUGACAUCGACAUGUUUGAGGAGGAGCCUUUCGAGGAGGAUGCUCAGGGCGAGGCCCUUCCUGCCGCCGAUCCCUUGUUGAUCGCAGACGCUCCCGCCGCGGAGUCACCUGCUCACUCUCCAGUCGCGGACUCCUUUGAGUCUGUGGCUUCUGUACCCACACAUGCUCAUAGUGCGCAACACCUCUCCCAUGGGUCCGAUUCUGACCAGGCUUUUUCUGUUGCCCCUAUACCCAGUUUCACUUUCGACCACGAGGACGUGGAGGAUUCCGACCCUAUGUUUCCCCCAGGGUUCGACCCCGAUCGUGACUUAGAGUUUGUUCCGAUGGAUCAGUUUAUGGAGGAUCCAGUAGACCCUGUUGACCCAGUGGAUCCUAUCGAUCCAGAUUUUGAUUUUGACAUGGCGUUUGACGACCCAGAGCUUGCCAUAGCCCCAGAGCAGGCAGCUGCUCUAGACCCGUUACCUGAGCAUGACCCUGUUCAUGCUGAUAUUCCUCUUGAGCCUGUUGAUGCUGAUCCCCCUGUAGAUGUUCCUGUGAUCGAGGGCGAUCAUGUUGCUGUUGAUCCUAUUGUUCCUUUACCCGUUGGUGACAUACCUGUUGAUCCUGUUAUUGAUCCUGUUGAUCCUGAUAUUGCACCUGUUGACCCCGUUAUUGCUCCUAUCGAUCCUUUACCCAUCGAGCCCGAGCACGCUCUUUUUGCGGAGCACAUGGAUCCUCCAGAUGAGGAGGCACAGCAUGGGUGGAUACCGGCGGACGAGGAUGUUCCACCGUUUCCCCCACAUCACACUGGCGCACAUCAUGCUGACUUCUCAUUUCAGAUCCCACCAUUUGUUCCUCCAGCGAGGCCUGGAGAGGGCUCUUCAGCCCACCCUUUCGGUCAUGUACCGGUGACCAUGCCUUUUAUGCCUCAGAUAUCAUCUAUUCCAUCUUCUGUUGCACCUGUUCAUGUUGCACCAUUCGACCUUGCCAGCACGCCAUUGCUUUGGUCGACCCCAUCUGCCAUGCCACCUACAGAUCCAUACCACCCUUUUCAUUUGGGCCAUACUAUUGAGGAUCUCUUGAUGUCGUUUGUACACCAGCACGAGUCUCAUUCACAGCGACUCCAGGAGCUCGAGAGAGCUCAGUUGCCGCCGUGUCCAUGUCAUGGACAGACUUCUUCGCCCUUUCAGCCAUACAGAUCGUUACCUCCUGAUUACGCUGCUCGACUUUUGACUUUGGAGCAGCAGAUUGCUUCCAUUAUGCGGACACAGCAGGCGAUGGAGGCAGACUGGUUACAGUUGCGCCGUUUGUUUUAUACCCAUUUUCCCCCUCCUCCACCACCAUCUGCUUAGAGCUCAUCGGUGCCACUUGGGUAGGCGAAGUGAGAAGGCGGCGAUUGCUUUUUGUCUACACAGCAUUUUGGGGAGACUACGUUAUGACUUGACUUUUGUUAUGUACUUGAUGUUGUAUUGAUACUGAUGUAGCUUUUGACAGGGGUGAUGUAGCCCCUAGUGAUUGAUGAUUGUAUGUAUACACUUAUGAUGUGGUCUCAUUUAUAUGGCAAUCGCAGUUUUCUCACCAUAUCUGGAUUCGCUUGAUUACUUGUUUAUAUUUUAUGACAUGGGAUGUUGUGUAAUUGACAAUUGUGAUGUGUGAUAACAUGAGAUGUUAUGUGAUUAUACUAUUACUACCGUUAUAUAUGUACACUAUAUUACGAACUGAUUUACGUAUUAUAACAACGGAGCGUUACUAUGGCCUAACCAACUUAAACCAUCUUUUAGAAGAUGCCGCCCAGACGCGAUACGCGCAUGCCCACUAACGAGGCAGAACUGCAACAAAUCAUUGCCGCUGCCAUAGCACAGUAUGCAGCAUCUCAGCCCGGAAUAAGCGGAAGUAUUAACCAGGGCAACAAUAAUCCACCACAUGGUAAUAUUUAAGUCAUUAAGACGUACCAUGACCUAAACGGAUUUCCUUAGCAAGAAAGCUAAUAUCUAUCAUAUGUUGCAAUGAAUGUGCAGGGUGCACAUACAAGCAGUUCUUAGACUGCAAGCCCACCAAUUUCGAUGGCACCGGAGGCGCUAUCGCUUUUACUCGUUGGGCCGAGAAGACUGAUUCCACCAUCCGCAUGAGCAAAUGUGCGCUCGACCAGCAGGUCACUUACAUCUCAGGGCUGUUUCUAGACGGAGCCCUAUCUUGGUGGAACUUACAAGUACAAA